UUUAGUGGACACGACAUGCCAACCUCUGGAGCAGGGUUUCUAAACCUUUUUCUCCGGGGGAUUAGGGAGGGGGAGAGAGGAUUCCCUGCAGAGGGUUUAAAGAAUGGAGUGCUAGAAGCAAGCAGCGGAAGGACAGGUUUAUGGUGGGAGAAAGUUGUGUUAGUGAGUGGUUUGACCAGUGGCUCUGAGAGGAACAGAAGAGUUGGCAAGGAAUAUAUGGAGACGCAGGUAGCAUUGACCAAGAGAGCUGAUCCAGCUGAUCUGAAAUCUGUAUUUUACAAGUAUGCAAGCGUGGAAAAAAAUGGGGAUUAUUUUAUGUCCCCACUUGACUUUGUCAGACGUUACUUGAACCUCAGUGGUGAUGGCGAACCUAAUCCAAAAACUCUGCAGCUUCUGGCUGGUGUGGUGGACCAAACCAAAGAUGGAUUAAUCUCAUUUCAAGAAUUUGUCGCCUUUGAAUCAGUCCUGUGUGCUCCCGAUGCCUUGUUUAUGGUCGCUUUUCAGCUCUUUGACAAAGCAGGGAAAGGAGAAGUUACUUUCGAGGAUGUCAAGCAAGUUUUUGGUCAAACCACUAUUCAUCAGCAUAUCCCAUUUAACUGGGACUGUGAGUUCAUACAGCUGCACUUUGGAAAGGACCGAAAAAGGCUACUGCCUUAUGCCGAAUUUACACAGUUUCUGCUGGAAAUCCAGCUGGAGCAUGCAAGACAAGCAUUUGUGCAACGUGAUACAGACCAUACUGGCACCGUCAAUGCAAUGGACUUCAGAGAUAUCAUGGUUACCAUUAGGCCACACGUUUUGACCCCAUUUGUAGAACAGAGCUUAGUAGCUGCUGCUGGAGGUACCAUAUCGCAUCAAGUCAGCUUUUCGUACUUUAAUGCCUUUAAUUCUCUUCUGAACAACAUGGAGCUUAUCAGAAAGAUCUACAGUACCCUGGCUGGCAAUAAAAAAGAUUUGGAAGUCACCAAAGAGGAGUUUGUCUUGGCGGCUCAAAGAUUUGGUCAAGUUACACCCAUGGAAGUUGACAUACUGUUCCAAUUAGCAGAUUUGUAUGAGCCAAGAGGACGUAUGACUUUGGCAGAUAUUGAAAGAAUAGCACCUCUUGAAGAGGGAGCCUUGCCGUACAACCUGGCAGAAGCUCAAAGACAGAAUCAAGGCACAGGUGAAGUGCAACGUACCAUCCUUGUACAAGUGGCUGAGUCCGCCUAUAGGUUUGCCCUUGGUUCCAUAGCAGGAGCUGUGGGAGCGACUGCUGUUUAUCCUAUCGACUUGGUGAAAACACGAAUGCAAAAUCAGCGUUCAACAGGGUCGUUUGUAGGAGAACUCAUGUACAAGAACAGCUUUGAUUGCUUUAAGAAGGUGCUGCGCUAUGAAGGCUUCUUUGGCCUUUACCGAGGUCUCUUACCUCAGCUGCUGGGAGUAGCUCCAGAAAAAGCUAUUAAGCUAACCGUAAAUGAUUUUGUCAGAGAUAAAUUUACUACGAAUGAGGGCUCCAUCCCACUUCUAGCCGAGAUCCUUGCUGGUGGAUGUGCUGGAGGAUCCCAAGUCAUUUUCACCAACCCCCUGGAGAUUGUGAAGAUUCGCUUGCAGGUGGCGGGAGAAAUUACUACAGGCCCUCGUGUCAGCGCCCUAACUGUUCUGCGGGAUUUAGGCUUUUUUGGCCUUUAUAAGGGUGCUAAGGCGUGCUUCCUCCGAGACAUCCCCUUCUCGGCUAUCUAUUUCCCUUGCUAUGCCCACAUGAAAGCCUCGUUUGCUAAUGAAGAUGGCAGAGUUAGCCCAGGUUAUCUUCUCUUGGCUGGAGCCAUAGCUGGUAUGCCAGCUGCAUCUUUGGUGACCCCUGCUGAUGUUAUAAAGACAAGGCUGCAGGUCGCUGCCCGCGCAGGACAGACCACGUACACCGGCGUCAUAGACUGCUUUAGGAAAAUUCUUAAAGAGGAGGGACACAGAGCUUUAUGGAAAGGGGCUGGAGCUCGUGUGUUUAGAUCCUCCCCACAGUUUGGCGUGACUCUGGUGACGUACGAAUUGCUGCAGCGAUGGUUUUAUGUUGAUUUUGGUGGCAAGAAGCCCACUGGGGCAGAACCAGUUCCCAAAUCUCGAAUCACUCUGCCGGCUCCCAAUCCCGAUCAUGUGGGUGGAUAUAGAUUAGCAGUUGCCACAUUUGCAGGAAUUGAAAGCAAAUUCGGACUCUAUCUCCCCAAAUUCAAGUCAUCACCACCUACCUCAGCAACGGUCAUUGCUACAAACCCUUAAGAAGAAAUCUGCGGCCCAGUGAAACUCAACUCAGUCAUUUAAUGGAUGUUACAACAUUUCAGUCUUCUAAUUCACUCUUAGAUUACAUCUUUUAUUCUAGAAUGUGUUUGAGAUUUUAUGGCAUCCAUAUAUUUUAUAUGUGUGUAAUCAUUAGUGUAAUUCCUGAUUGUGUCAGAGCGAUGUCGUAACUUCCUCAGUCAGGGACCCCCAAAACUUAUUGAAUGCACUUGGAAUGUAAUAAAACAAAGGAUUUGCGACUAUAGGUCAGUUUUUAUAACCCAGUGGAGACCACACUUCCUAUUCUAAGUUCUGAAAUGAUAUAGGUUCAAUGUCACACACGCUGCUUGGUUGGAUGUGCUUAGUGGUUGGCUCAACUAUGCAGCAGCGAGUGAUCUGUGAGUUUAAAAUACAAAUUCUGCUUCUCUACAUGAAACAAUUUUUCCCUUAUUUCUUGCUAAAACCAUAUAUUUAGAACUGCAUUCACUCUGUAGCAGCAGCCAAUGAAAUACCAAUCUCCUCACUUACUGAACAUAGUUGAAACCUUGAGUAGAGGGUGUUCACAAGAGGAAUUUAUUUAUCUUGUAUUCUAUCAAGGUGUAGAAAAUCUUUUGAUAAUUCUUUUUUUAGGAGCUUUGUGUCCUUAAGAUAUAAAUUCAAUUUCAGGCUUUUAGUUAUAUGUGUAAGUUUCCCAUAAAUUCGCCACAAUAAGGAAGUGGUCCAGGUAUCUCCAUGAGGGUCCAAGUGCUCGAGCAAAUAUCAGCUGUUACACUGAAGCUAGUGGGCAGGAACUUGCCAGCAGCUAUUGUUCUGGUGCUCUGUCUGACUUGUGGGAAAUUAAAUUACAAGUUAGAUUAUCACAUGAGCAAGUGGCAUCUUGCAAGCAGCUAAUGAGAGAUGUUCUUCAACUACAUCCUGUUGCCUGUUCUAGCGGUGGCUUUGUAGAGAGCCUCUAGCUUCAGAUUUAUCCAUAGUCCUCCCCAUGUUAGACAUAAGUACUCGAAAUUACAAGUUAGAUUGUCACAUGAGCAAGUGGCUGUUUGCAUCUUGCAAGCAGCAGAGAGUGGUGGCCAUCAAGAUGGUCUUCAGCUACAUCCCAUUGUCUGCCUGUAGCGGUGCCUUCACAGAGAGCACCUUGCCUCAUAUUUACUCAUAGUCCUUCCCAUGAUAAACACAAGUACUUGACAUUACAAGCUAGAUUGUCACAUGAGCAAGUGGCUGUUUGCUUCUUGCAAGUAGCUAAUAAAAUGGUGGUAGCCAGCAAGAUAGUCUUCAGCUACAUCCUGUUGUCCGCCUCUAUUGGUGGCUUUACAGAAGCCCUUUGCCUCAUAUUUACUCAUAGUCCCCACUAUGACAGAUAUAAGUUCUUGAAAUAACAAGCUAGUCUGUUACAUAAACAAGUGGCUGUUUGCAUCUUGCAAGCAGCUAAUAAAAGUGUGGUGGCCACCAAGAUGGUCUUCAGCUACAUCCCAUGAUCUGCCUCUAGCACUGACUUUACAAGGAGACCCUUGUCUAAUAUUUACCCUUAAUCCUCAUCAAGAAAGACUUCGGUACUUUGCUUUAUCAUAACAAAAGUUAAUAAAGGUUGUCCUCUGCCAUUGCUAAAAUAACUCAAUAGCAGCACAACAGCGGCAGCCAAUUAAGGGACAAAAUCAACUGUAAUUAAAUGAAUUCUUUGUAUGCCUGUUGGCGUCUAACAAUGUUACCUGCUCAUCUAUCAAACUCUUCAUGACAGACCUUUAGUAAGGAAGCCCUCUCUCUUUCUAGCCUGGGCGUUCACUGUAUGUUGGGAUUUCAUAUAAAAUUAAAACUUCUACGCACAAUAUUUCCAAAGCAGAUUUGAUGGAUGUUUGUUAUAAACUACACAUGAAAUAUAAUAUUUACUUCAGUCACCAAAUUCUUUAGGUUGAAAGCUUCAUACCAAAUUGCUUUCUCACCGUGCUUUAAGGAAUCCCAUGCCAACAGAUGCCAUAACACUGUUCCUUCAGCCACCUCAGAAUAGUGGGUGUUGUUUCCCAUAUCAACUAGACCAGCACUUUAUUAGAGAGUGGUCCUUGUUAUGGCUCAGCUCAGGAACUAUGGGCAUUGCUCCAAUGAGUGUGGCAGAGGUCUGCACUGAAAGGCAAUUGGGGCACAACAGUGAACAACUUGCAAUAAAUUGCUUUCCAUUUUGAGGCUGACGUUUGAAAUAAUCAGUGUUUAAAUUAAGCACUAGUUUUAUUUGCUGUUUUGGAAAUUAAAUAGGAAUUCCAUGUACUGUAUUCAUAGCUGCCUUACUAAGUGUUUUGAAUCAGACCGAUAUUUAUAUUUUUUGCUCACUGAUCAUGUAAAUCCCAUUAAAUUGACUUCUAGAAAGAAA